UAAUUAAAAUAACAUAUGCACACAAAGGCCUCUCAGGAAGAGCUGAAAGCUGCCUAUCGCCGACUAUGUAUGUUGUACCAUCCAGACAAGCACAGAGACCCAGAGCUCAAAACACAAGCUGAGCAACUGUUUAACCUUGUUCACCAGGCUUAUGAAGUGCUUAGUGAUCCACAGACAAGAGCCAUUUAUGACAUAUAUGGGAGGAGAGGACUGGAAAUGGAAGGAUGGGAGAGAAAUUGGAGACACUGCUCUCAUCUUAUUGUUUUCUGGUUUUGUCAUUCUAGGACAGGUUUCUUUGGGACCAUAGUGGAAUAUGGAGCAGAGAGGAAGAUUUCCAGACACAGUAUUUUGGGAGCCACUGUCAGUGUUGGUGUUCCCCAGGGAGUGUCUCUGAAAAUCAAGUUGAACAGGGCCAGCCAGACCUACUUCUUUCCUGUCCACCUGACAGAUCAGCUGCUCCCCAGUGCUGUGUUCUACGCCACCGUGGGACCCCUAGUUAUCUACUUUGCCAUGCAUAGGCUAAUCAUCAAACCCUACCUCAGGGCACAAAAGGAGAAAGAGUUGGAGAAACAAAGGGAAAGUACAGCCAGUGAUGUCCAACAGAAGAAGCAGGAGGCGGAAGCUGCAGUUCGGUUAAUGCAAGAGUCCGUCCGGAGGAUAAUUGAGGCAGAGGAAGCCAGGAUGGGUUUGAUAAUAGUGAAUGCCUGGUAUGGGAAGUUUGUCAAUGACAAUAGCAGGAAGAACGAGAAAGUGAAAGUCAUAGAUGUGACCGUGCCCCUGCAGUGCUUGGUGAAGGACUCUAAGCUUAUCCUCACGGAGGCCUCCAAGGCUGGGCUGCCUGGGUUCUAUGACCCUUGUGUGGGCGAAGAGAAGAGUUUGAAAGUGCUCUAUCAGUUUCGGGGAGUUCUACAUCAAGUGAUGUCUGCUGACAGCGAGGCCCUUAGGAUACCAAAGCAAUCUCACAGGAUUGAUGCGGACGGCUAAUGUGGUGAGAAAGCAGGGUGUCAUGUAUGGUACCUGAAUCAACAGAAGCUGCAAAACCUUCCUCCUGGAUUCUACAAGUUUGAAACUGAAACUGAGAUGUUUUUAUUUUUAUGAUCCAUAUAGAAGGCGGUGUCAUACCAAUUAUGUUAAGAGGUAACGAGAAAACCUGUUCUUACAGGUACCUCCAAGGCAAUACUGCCCUGGAUUGUGGCUUGGCAGCCAAUAGGGAACAUGGCUGAGAACAUGCAGUGCUCUCUGCGUGCCCAUCACUUGCCUGGGAGGUGUGACGGGUAGAGCCCCAGCUGUCAUGUGUCCAAGCUCUUCCUGCUGUGAGUUAACUGCAGCUCAUUUGUCCAGUCUCAUUGUUUCCUCUCACUGUCAGCAAGAUGGGAAGUGGAGGAGGACUCUUAGCUCUCCCUUUCCCUCAAGCUUACAGGGUUGGGGUUAAGUUAACUGAAAACAAAUAGCUAAUUUAACCCUUUCUGCUCCUACGGGGAAACUGAAGUUUGUGGCCACCUCCUAAGAAUCCUCUCUAUCAAUCCUGUUACUGGACAGAGGAUGUGCUGUUCAUCCCACUUCUUUAUUUAAAAUGUACUUUUUGUUUAAGGACAAGUACGUUUAGAAUGAAGUUCUCUGCUUUUCCUAAUCACGUGGACCUUUUUCAGCAUGCUUCCAUCCAGCUGCCAGUAGCAUUCGUUCCAAGCACUAUUAUUACUCCAGGUUAAUUAUAGAUUAUAACCACUGUCCAUGUCAAAUUAAUUUUGCUCCUCCUCACCCAGGACUGCAUGUUGUUUUAAGUCUUUUUGGGGGGAAAAGUGAAUUAGAUUAACUGAAUAGUUCUGUUCCUUGCUGAUUCUGGUGCUGCAACUCUUCCCAUCUGAUUUUAUGCUGGGAAAAGAGGGAAAUUAAGUUGAUACAACUAAACCAGACCAAAGCGUAGAGAUGUGCCAAAUAGGAGGAACAACUGAAAACUUCAAAACAGUGACUGCCACCAGUCUGAGGGGCUAGAUUCUCUAGAAUAGCCUUAGGAUGCAACCCCUGCCUGUGAUUUAUCUUACCUCUAGAGAGGUGCACUCUUGCUCUACCAACAUAGCUGAAAGCAGCAGGGCUGCUGGUAAUAGCACUAUUAAGUAUCUGGCAUCUUAGUACUUUUAGAUAUUUAUAUAAAAGGGAGAGUGGCGGCUAUUACGCAGGCACUGAAAUGUAGUUCUACUCUUGGCCAGUCCUGGGGGGGGGCCCUUCAUCAUUUAUAUGCAAGAGAUUUAGGAAGAUGCGCAUAUGGACAGAGGCAUUGUUGCUACUGAUAACUACUGGAGUAAAUAACUUCAUGACAUGCACCUUGGCCCCUUAUUUCUUUAGUGUAACUGCUGUUGUGUUUACUUAUGUCAGUCCUAUCUCCCCCUCAUAAGCGUGAAAUCACAUCAGGGAAUUUCAUUUCCAAUAGUCCUUGUCCAAGAGCAGGUUUAUCACAGCUAUUUCAGGAAAGCUGAUAAUUAUCUCUCCCCUCCUUGUUCCUACAAUCAAGUGCUGCUUGCCAGUUUUUUUAUCAGAAAAAUCUCACCUUUUUAUGCGUGAAUAGCGCCUGUUCUAGGAAUGCAUUUCAUUCACUACCAUCUCACAGUGUUUUUUGAUCUGAAGCUAAGUGUCAACUGUGCAAUAAAUUUUGUGUUGAAUCAAUUUUCAGUUGAAAACUCCCCGGUGUUUCCUUUGCUGCAGAUGGAUCUUCCACACAUUGAUUACUUCACCUUGUUUAAAGCUGGUGGAAGAGAAAACACUGUAUUGUCAUAAUAAAUCCUCUUUGAAAGCUA